UUCCGAUGAUUAAGUAACUUUUUCGCAAAACACAUUUAGCUAUAUCUUGCGUGUAAAGUGUUCUGGCGAAUUUGCAAUCCGGCAAAAAUGCUGGACUGGCAAACUAAUGAUGGCUCAUAAAUUAAUAUUUUUGGAGUCAAUGAAACAUUAAUUCCUAAAGACAGAUAAUAAAUUGUCUCUCGUCGAUGUGCAAAGUAGCUGUUUUUGACAAGACGUCUCUCAGUGUGGCGACAACUUCUACGACGUGGGUGUGAAAUUUAAACGACACCCAGAAAGAAAUCGGAAAAUGUCUUGUGUCCUUCUCCUGCAGGUGUAUACUCUUUGGAUAACCUGCUUCUCCAGGGCUACAGCAGACCUGACCUGUGAUGCAUUGCUCUUGCUUUCGGGAAACAUCACAGUACAAUCAUUGCUAUCAUGGAAUCAGACAUCCAGCAAUACCACAGGGCUAUUCUGCAAUACAUCAAUAGAUGGGAUAGGCACCUGUUGGCCAAGGAGCAGCGCUGGAGAGAUGGUCUCACGGCCUUGCCCAGAGUUCUUCUACGGAGUCAGAUACAACACCACAAACAAUGUGUACAGGGAAUGCCUCUCAAAUGGGACCUGGGCAAUGAAGGGCAACUACUCGCAGUGCCAGGCCAUACUGAAUGAAGAGAAAAAGAGCAAGCUGCACUACCACAUAGCAGUGAUCAUAAACUACCUGGGUCACUGCAUCUCUUUGGGAGCCCUCCUGGUUGCCUUCAUCCUCUUCAUGCGCUUGAGGAGCAUCCGAUGCCUGAGGAACAUCAUUCACUGGAAUCUGAUCACUGCCUUCAUCCUGCGAAAUGCCACAUGGUUUGUUGUCCAGUUGACCAUGAACCCCGAAGUUCAUGAAAGCAAUGUGAUCUGGUGUCGACUGGUCACGGCCGCAUACAAUUAUUUCCAUGUGACAAACUUCUUCUGGAUGUUUGGCGAGGGCUGCUACCUCCACACGGCCAUUGUCCUCACUUACUCCACAGACAAGCUACGCAAGUGGAUGUUCAUCUGCAUCGGAUGGUGCAUCCCUUUUCCAAUCAUCGUUGCGUGGGCAAUCGGCAAGUUGUAUUAUGAUAACGAAAAGUGCUGGUUUGGGAAGCGGGCAGGGGUGUACACAGACUACAUCUACCAGGGCCCAAUGAUUCUGGUCCUACUGAUAAAUUUCAUUUUCCUCUUCAACAUUGUCAGGAUUCUCAUGACAAAGCUCAGAGCAUCCACCACAUCCGAAACUAUACAGUACAGGAAAGCUGUGAAAGCAACUCUAGUCCUGCUUCCGCUUCUUGGAAUCACUUACAUGUUAUUCUUUGUCAACCCUGGAGAGGACGAAAUUUCACAGAUUGUAUUCAUAUAUUUCAACUCUUUUUUGGAGUCAUUUCAGGGUUUCUUUGUAUCUGUGUUUUACUGCUUCCUGAACAGUGAGGUGCGGUACGCAGUCAGAAAGCGCUGGCACCGCUGGCAGGACAAGCAUUCCAUCCGGGCCAGGGUGGCCCGUGCCAUGUCCAUCCCCACCUCGCCCACCCGGGUCAGCUUUCACAGCAUCAAACAGUCCACUGCUGUGUGAGAAUGGAGCAGCCCUUUCGGAUCCCUGCCCCCUGUCCUCCUUGUCCCUCUGCCCUCCUCCUCCAGCUAGCCAGGGAACACAGCUGUGGUGAAAACAGGGUACACAGCACCGUAACGUGGAGACACCAACACAAGAGUGGAAAUAUUUGCUGUCCUAUUCUGUUGAGAAAAAUAAAGAACCCAGAUGCCUCAGCCCCCUCUAUAUUGAAGGAACUAUAGAUGUCUCUGGACCAGAGCCACAAAGUAAACCAAUUAAGUUGUCAGGAAAACAGACCAGUUCCAAAAGGCUUGGAUUUCCAUAGCUUUACUAAAGGAUGGUUCUCUUUGCCUGUUGUUUCAUGGCCUUUUCAAUUUGUUCCAUUUUCUUUUUGAUUUUUACCGCAUUCCUUUACAAAGGAUCAGUGUUUGUCCAAACCAUUCCCCCCAAACAACCUGAUUGUAAAGACUAAUUGACUGGGGCAACAACUUACUUCAAAGGACAGUGUUAUAAAUGUAAGAAAAUACACCUGAACUAUGUGAGGAGUCAAGGGGCAUAAUUGACAGGUAUGUCUCAACUUCAACAGAAUACCUCUGUAUGAUUUGCAGAAUGUGUCCUCUAUGUCUGUUUUAGAUUUUUGUUAUUGUUUUGUUUUUAUGUGUUUUUACUGGGAGCACUUUUAAGCAUACCAUAUUAAAUCACAAUUGCAUUAGGGAAAUGCAGGUCAACAGGA